AUGCGGUCUCUUUUGCUUCUGCUCUGUCAUUACGCCCCGUUACAGCACCUCAAGGCUGCAGCUGCUGCUGCUGCGAUUCCGGUGUAUAUCCACCUCUUGCAGCAGCAAAACGCGCUGCAGUGGCACUGCACGCUAAGCACUUAUAGGACGCUGCUUCUACUAGAAAGAGCCGUCUGCUCGCAGCAACAGCAGCAGCAGCAGCAGCCAGCUGUCACCUCCGCCGCUUCUACGCCAGGACAAGGUCAGCAUCAAUACCAACAACAGCAACAGCAACAACAAUCGGCUGUAUGGCCGCUCUCCGGAGUAGCUCCCUCAUUUGCUUACUGGAAUGGCUACGGCCCCCAUUUUGGGGGCCCUUCUCUUCAUGAGCUGUACGCACACCUCGACCGUGCCAUGUUGACAUUCCUUAACAGAAGAGCCCUUAUGCCGGUGCAAGAAGGAGGCUCUACAGUUCAUCCGAAGCAGCAGAAGGAGCAAGUGCAACACGAGCAGCAGCAGCAGCAGCAGCAGCAGCGGCUGUUGGAGGGAAACGGGCCGGGCCCUGUGUUUUCACUCGCCCCUGUGGAGUGUGCACAGCUGCUGUUGCGGCCUUCUGCUUGCCCUUCCGUACGAUUGGCUGUCGGUGGCGAACUGCUGCAGCUGCUGCUGCUACUGCAGCGCGACCCAAAUGCCUACAUGCAGCAGCUGCUGCUGCGACGGGGAGAGGGCGAGCAUUUGCUGCUGCGCGAGGCAUCGGUUAUGUCUACGAUUGCAGCUGCCUCCCGCAGCGUCCUUUCGUGGACCGACUUGGCCUCUCACUCGACUGGCAGCAGUAGUAGUAGUAGCAGCAGCAGUAGCGGCAGCAGCAGCAGCAUGGCACCACAGCAGCAGGUGGAGCUUUCCUGCUUGCGGCGGGAGUUGCUGCAAGCAACGCGCGGAGCUCUUCUUUCUCUUUUGCUUUCUUUCUCUCCUGCUUGCGGCGGGAGUUGCUGCAAGCAACGCGCGGAGCUCUUCUUUCUCUUUUGCUUUCUUUCUCUACUCGUCCGGCGGUUACUCUGCCCUCGGAUGGGAGGCAACGCGCUUCUUCGGGGGGUCGCCUGCCUUUCUAGUAGAGCUGCUGAGGGAGAUAGCACUGCAGCAGCAGCAAUGGCUAGCGAAGGAGGUGUCUCUGUGGGGAGCGCUUCCUCAGCAGCAACAGCAGCAGCAGCAGCAACAACUCUGCAGCAGCUGUCAGCGCUGCAUGCACCAAAGCAGCUUUCUGCUGUAGCAGCUGCUAUCGGCUGCAUCACGUCUUCUUUGUUGAGGGCAUUUUGGGGGCCCGAGGGAAGCACAGCAGCUCUGGUGUAUCUGCAGCUGCAGCGGGCGCAUAGUCACCUCUCUGCGCUCCACGCAGACCCCGCCUUUUUGCCAUCCCUUCUCAGCAUGCGUUUGCGCUGGCAGCAUCAACAGCAGCAGCAGCAGCAACAGCAGCAGCAACAACAACAACAGCAGCACCAGCAGCAACAGCAGCAGCUGCAACGACAGCACCAACAGCAGGAACAGCACAUUGUCGACAUGCGGUACGGGAGUCCCACGGACCCCUGGACAUUGAUGAGCCGCACGGACUACGCCUUCAGCUUGUGGCUGACACGGCAGCAGCAGCAAGCACUGCAGCACAGCAUGCACGAGCAGCAGCAGCAUGCUGUUGCUGUUGCUGCUGCUGCAUAUAGACCUCAUUCUGCACACAGUACACCGCAGCACCUGCCCACAGGCAACUUGCAGCAGUGGCAGCAACACUUGAUGCACCAGGAGCAGCUUUGGCUUCAGCAGCAGCCGCUUGCAGCCAGCAGAUGGGGAGGAUGGGAGGGACACAGAAGCAGCAGCAACAGCAGCAGCAGGUUCAGCAGCAGCUGCACCAUCAGCCCAGGCAACGUGCUGUGGGAAUCAUCUUUGUUGCAGGAGAGCACAGCUCUCUUGGCUUCUGCCGUCCCGGUAGCUGGGCUGCCUUUGCAUUCACUAGGCACCCAGCAGGAAGUGCAGCAGCACCAACAUGAUAAACAGCAGCAACAGCAGCAACCGAAGCACGAGCAGUACCAACCGUCGCAGGAGCUUGUGCUCCCUUUAGGUACAGUGCUAAAGGCUGUGAAAAAGCAGAUUGCUAACCACAGCGCCUCGGUGCAUGCGGAGGCUCCCCUUCUGCAGCUACAGCGACAGACGGAUGAACAGCUGAUGCAGCUGCUGCAGCAGCAUUUGCAGCAGCUCCAGCAACAGGUGCAGCAAAUGCAACAGCAGCAGAAGCCACGAAUUCGGCACAAAUUGCUCUGGAGCAGAGAGUUGCAGCUGCAGCAGCGGGAACUGCAGCCGCAUCUCCAGCUCCUGCAACUACUGCAGCAAACACGGCACCAACACAUUUAG